AAAUUCAAAAAAAUUGGAAAUAGCCCGCCAAUUCCAAAAACCAGGCAAUGAGCAUGACAAUGAAUUUUUUUCCAUCUCCUGAAGAACAAACGGUAGCUUCUGCUCUACUCCUUCUCUCCAAAGCUAUUCCUCAUCGUCAUCACCAUCGCCAAUCUCCUAACAGGUUUGAUGAUGGAAGAAUUAGAUCUUUGAAGCUGAAACAGAGAGUAAAAAGCGAGGAUGAGCAGAGAUUGAGCACUAGCUCAAAAUCGCACUCUGUUUCUCAUUCUUCCACGAUAACUAGUGCUACGGAAGGAUCGUCCUCUUCGUCUUUUCAGGAGAAAAGCAAACGAUCUUCGCUUAAAAAUAAGCUCAGAAGCUUCGCUGUUGUUUCUAGUAAUCGCCAUGAGUUGAAGUUCAAGGUAGUGAGAAAGAAGCGGUCAACAGUAAGCUGGACAGUAAGUGAAAACCGUAAAAUAGUGCUUGCUUUACCUGGAACGGCGUCGUUAAAGUCAGAGUCAUCAACACUGUCUUGCAUAUCAAGCUCAUCCAGCGCAGCUUCAAGCUGUCGAAGCCAAUAUUUAAUGAAAGGUACACCAGCAAGUUACCACCAUCAAAUUCAGAAGCAGCAAAAGAGGAUGAGCUCCGGCUUGGGCAGCUCAAGCUCAUCAGGCUCGUCUAAGCUGAGCCGCAAAUCCGAAGCUAUAUUGAAAAUCCUGUCAUCUGGUGGUAGUUCCUCUGAAGUCAAAAUUCGUCAAGCUCUUGGCGACAGUCCUGACACCAGUAAAGCUCUCAGAAUGUUGUUAAAGAAGGACGAGGUUAAAAGAUCAGGGAUAGGUGGACGUACGGAUCCUUAUAUUUACAAGAUAGCAUGAGAUAGACAUUGAGAUUGACCCAGCUAAGCUACCACUAGUAAAGUAUUUUUUUCCUAAGAUUUUAAGUCAUCCCAGUUAUCACAGGGAAAUUUUGAUAUAUGCGGAUAUGUAAAUUGUUAGUAUAUAGAUAUUAAUAUUGAAAUUGUGAAUAUAAAAGGAAUUAUCUGGUCAACAUAAUAACAUAAAAUUCAAUUAGUCUUGCUGCUCCUAGCAUAUGAUGAAGUAGUUGAUCUGUAUUAUAGCUUGUAGGAUCAUAUACUUGUAGAUGGGCAUGGUCUCUGUCUGAAUUCUGAAGUUUAAAUAGAGUUUUUACCGA